CUCGCAACGUCUUCCACAUACGCUUUUAUCGUCUCAACAGCAAACAUCACUUUGCGAUUUUUCUCGAAACCCUAUCAACCCUAUUCUCCCAAUCCUUUUAUCCCUUCGAUCGAAAUCCGAUUUUUUGAGUUCCACCAGCCGCCGACGUCGAUCGAGUUAUUCACCCGCCAGAGCGCCGUAAUUUGUUUGCCGGAUCUCCAUUUGAUGAUGGCGGAGUUCAAUUGACGAGGGCGAGCCCUAACUGGUUUGUUCUACCGGUUGAUUUUCGCGCGAUAUUCCCUGCCAUUCGGAGGUUGAUUCGUGGAAGCUGCAAUUCGGAGCGAAUUGUUCGAUACCUGAGGCUGGGGUUUUGUUCGAAAUAUUGAUCGAGAAGUCUCGGCAGAGUUCGAGUUCAGCGGCUCGAGGAGGAGGCGGUGACGUAGAGAUCCCUUCCGGCGGUAGAGGAAAGCGAUUUCCGGUGGUUUUAUCUGAUCUGUUGGAUCAGUGUGAUUUCUGGUCGUUUGGCGGUGUUUGGAAUUGAGAUCCAGACGCUCCAUCCUAUCUGUGGAAAAUUGAACGAGUGUCAGCACAGAAGUUGAUUGUUUUGGAGUCUUUGAGCGUUUAGAAGACCAUUAGUCGGUUUGAUUAUUUUUCCUGAGCAAGAAAAAGAAGAAAAAAAAAAGAGCUUCUUCGUUUUCAUUGUACCUCUGUUAUUGUUAUUGUUAUCAUUUUAGUUUUUAUUUUGAGUUGAAUGUCAGGUCAUUCAUUGUGUAUCAUUUGACGGCCUUUGUCUCUGUUUGUGGUUAUUUCUCUUUGGGAGAGAAAAGAAAAGAUAUUCAGAAAAGUGAAAGAAAUAUGGCUGUUUAUUAUAAAUUCAAAAGUGCUAAAGAUUAUGAUUCAGUUGCGAUCGACGGUCACUUUAUAUCGGUGGGACACUUGAAAGAAAAAAUAUUUGAAUUAAAGCAUUUGGGCAGAGGUACAGAUUUUGACCUUGUGGUCACCAACGCCCAGACUAAUGAAGAGUAUCUCGAUGAAGGAAUGUUAAUUCCCAAAAAUACUUCAGUUUUAAUACGCCGGGUUCCUGGACGUCCUCGCAAGGCCAUAGUUACUGCUCCUGUUACCGUGCAAGAAGAGCCUAAUGUCGAAAAUAAUUACGAUGAUGGUCAAGCGGUAAAAGGUGGUGUUUCUGGAGUAUAUCAACCUGCCACGAAUAAUGCUGAAGAUUUUGAAUGGGAUGAAUUUGGGAAUGACCUCUACGCAAUUCCUGAAACUGUACCUGUUCAGUCAAACAUCCCGGUUCAGGAUGCUGCUCCUGUUAGCAAAGAUGAUGAGGAGAGCAAGAUUAAAGCUUUAAUUGACACUCCAGCCUUAGAUUGGCAGCGGGGUUUUGGACGGGGCAUGGGUGGAAGAAUGAUGGGUGGACGUGGUUUCGGUCGAGGUGGAUUUGAGAAAAAGACACCACCACCAGGCUACAUAUGCCAUAGAUGCAAGGUUCCUGGGCAUUUUAUUCAGCACUGUCCAACGAAUGGCGAUCCCACCUUUGACAUCAAGAGGGUCAAACCUCCGACUGGAAUUCCAAAGUCAAUGUUGAUGGCGACUCCAGAUGGCUCGUAUGCGCUACCAAGUGGAGCCGUGGCAGUUCUUAAACCAAAUGAGGCUGCAUUCGAGAAAGAGAUUGAGGGAAUGCCGUCCACGCGUUCUGUUGGUGAUCUCCCUCCAGAACUACAUUGUCCACUUUGUAAAGAAGUUAUGAAGGAUGCUGUCCUCACGAGCAAGUGUUGUUUUACUAGCUUUUGUGAUAGAUGUAUAAGAGAUCACAUCAUAUCCAAAUCAAUGUGUGUGUGCGGGGCCACAAAUAUUCUCGCAGAUGAUCUGUUGCCAAACAAGACGUUAAGAGAUACUAUUAACCGGAUUCUAGAAUCCAAUAAUAACAGCACUGAAAAUGGUGGGAGUGCUUUUCAAGUCCAAGACAUGGAAUCUCGCAAUCCACAAGCUAAGGUUCCAUCCCCUACACAGUCGGUUGCCUCAAAAGGACAGCAAAUGCCUGCUCCACCACCUCAAAGGGAUGAUGCUUCGAAAGUUGGAGAUAUUGUUGAAAAUAAGUCUUCCAGUCUGCCACUGAUACAGGAAAAGGGGAGAAAUAUAGAUGUACCUGAUGUUUCAGAAGCUACACAUGACUCAAGAACAGUUAAAGAAGCUGCUUCACGGGGAAGUGUUCCUUUGGCUGAUGAAGAGGUACAACAGAAACCAGUUUCUGGGGAAGCAGGAAAGAAGAAGAAAAAGAAGAAAAUUCGGAUGCCUCCUGGUGCUCCAGAUAUGCAAUGGAGAAAUGCACAAGAACUUGCACCCGAGAAUUAUAUGAUGCCGUUAGGUCCUUCUGCUUUUAAUCCUUACUGGAACGGCAUUCAACCUGGACUGGAUGGAUUCAUGCCUCCUCCAUAUGGUGGUCCCAUGCCACCAUACAUGGGUUACGGAUUUAAUCCAAUGGAAGUUCCAUUUCCGGGUGCUUUACCACACGAUCCAUUUGGAGGACCUGGCUGUAUGUUUCCUUAUGGCCCUCCUCAGCCUCAGAGGGAUCUUGCUGAGUUGGCCAUGGGAUUUAACUCGGGGCCACCCAUCAUGAGUCGAGAGGAAUUUGAAGCCCGCAAAGCUGAUCUGAAGAGGAAACGUGAAAUGGAGAGACGCGAUGAAAGAAACCGAACCCUCCUCCACCCUCCGACCACCACCACCACCACCGCCAUAACCGACACUCACCGGAGCUCUCACGCCCGUCCUCCAAGAAGAAACACGACACCCAACCAUCUCCCGACCACCACCAAAACCGCAGCUGGCAGCGCCACUCGGAAUCCCCGCCGCCGCCGCCGCCGCCCUCGUCAGCAGCCGAUCGGAAGCAGAAGCCGAGCGUCUUCUCCCGCAUCAGCUUCCCGGAAAACGAGAGGAAGAAGCCGCCUCAGGCUCCGGCACCGGCACCGGCGGGCCCCACAGGAUCCUCCGGCAAGGGGGCGGCGCCCCACCACAACUCGAACGGACACCUCCACCACCAUGAGGCGGCGGACAAUGACAGCAGUGACGACGAGAGGCAUUUCAAGAGGCGGCGCUCUUCUUCAUCGAGGUAUGAGUCGCCGCCGCCGCCUGCCGAGGAGGAGCACCGCCGCCGGUCGAGGGAUAGGGAAAGGGAACGUCAUAGCAAGCAUAGAUGAGAAAUGAGGGGGUUUUGAUAUGGAUUGGUGGGAUUUGCUUGCUAUAUGUGGUUUGGAGGUUUUGUUUUUUUUUUUGUUUUGUUUUGUCGGUUAAUAAUGUAAGGGUUGGUGUUUGGACUGAAUCGUUCAUUUAAAUUAUGAAAUGAUAAGCUUUGCAUGUUUUAUCACUUGUCCUUAUUGAUGUGUUUCAAAUCUCUUUUUAGGAGGAAGAAUUCUUGCAGUGAAACACUUUUGAUGUGUACACUGUACUCAAGUUUUUCGAUUAAAUAUGAUAUGAGAUCAUGGGAGAAAAACAAUACCCGUUUGUGUGAUUGAUACUUUUUUGAAAACAAUAAUUAUAACAAAAGUUUUAUUUUAAAAUUUUUAAGCCUUUUGAAAAAAUUAUGUUAUAAUUUUUGUUAUGUGGAUAUGUUAAAAAAUAUUUUAAGUAGUAAAUAAUAAA